AUGUCCGAGCUGGCGCUGGACUACCUUUCCCAGAGUCCACAGAGGCCCGACUUCACGUCUCUUGACGUCUUGGCGAAAUUCUUAGCUCGGCGGGUACCCGGACGCGACCAAGAGAAGGCAGAAGGUGAGGGGUCUGAGAGUCCGGGGCGGGGACGGGGCGUGUCUGGAGCCUCCAUUGAGCACGCUGGCGAGAACAGUCUGAGGAUGCGCGAUUCAGAUCGUGUGUGCGUGGCUGUGUCUGUGCUACUGGGAGUCUGCGCUUGUCUAAGAAUCCAGAGAAAGUGGAUCAGGUCAGGCAGUUCCAAAGCCAUGGCCCAGGGAUUGGUGACAUUCAGGGAUGUGACCAUAGAGUUUUCUCAGGAAGAAUGGAAGUACCUGGAACCUGCUCAGAAGGACUUGUACAGGGAUGUGACUAUGGAGAACUUCAGCAACUUAGUUUCAUUAGGAAUUUCCAUUUCUAAGCCUGAUGUCAUCUCCUUAUUGGAGCAAGGGAAAGAGCCCUGGAUGAUUGCAAAGGAUAUGACAGAACAGUGGUGCCCAGACUUGGAAUCCAGGUGUGAAAAAUUACCACAAAAAGAUGUUUUUGAAAUAGAGUCAUUCAAUUGGGAGAUAAUGGAAAGACUUAAGUAUGUUGGUCUUGAAGGUACCAGUUUCAGAGAAGCCUGGGAAUGCAGAGGACAGUUUAAGAGAAAUCAAGAGUGCUAUUUCAAGCCAGUGAGAAUCACCUACGAAAGCAUUCCCACUUUUGAGAACCACACACCCUUCAUGCUGCAUCAUGGAAAUAAGACUGGUGAGAAACUGAUUCAAUGUAAAGAAUGUGGGAAAGCAUUUAGUCGUGGUGCGCACCUUACUCAACAUCAGAGUACUCAUAUUGGGGAGAAACUCUUUGAAUGUAAAGAAUGUGGGAAGGCCUUUCAUCGCGCUUCACACCUUGUUCAGCACCAGAGAAUUCAUACAGGUGAGAAACCUUAUGACUGUAAAGAAUGUGGAAAGGCCUUUGGUCGUACCACUGAACUUACUCUACAUCAGAGACUUCAUACUGAUAUCAAACCCUAUCAAUGUAAGGAGUGUGAAAAGACCUUUAGACAACAGUCACAACUCACUCUACAUCAAAGAACUCAUACAGGUGAGAAGCCCUAUGUAUGUAAAGACUGUGGAAAGGCUUUUAUUCGUGGCUCACAGCUUACUGUACAUCGGAGAAUUCAUACAGGUGCUAGACCCUAUCAAUGUAAAGAAUGUGGGAAAGCCUUUAGACAGCAUUCACAGCUUACUGUACAUCACAGGAUCCAUACUGGUGAGAAACCCUAUGAAUGUAAGGAAUGCGGGAAGGGCUUUAUUCAUAGCUCAGAAGUUACUCGACAUCAAAGAAUUCAUUCUGGGGAGAAACCCUAUGAAUGUAAGGAAUGUGGGAAGGCCUUUAGACAGCAUGCACAGCUGACUAGACAUCAAAGAGUUCAUACUGGUGACAGACCCUAUGAAUGUAAGGAGUGUGGAAAGGCCUUUAGUCGUAGUUCAUACCUUACUCAACAUCAAAGAAUUCAUACAGGUGAUAAACCCUAUGAAUGUAAGGAAUGUGGGAAAGCCUUUAUUCGUGUUUCACAGCUGACUCAUCAUCAGCGAAUUCAUACUUAUGAGAAACCCUAUGAGUGUAGAGAAUGUGGAAUGGCCUUUAUCCGUAGUUCACAGCUUACCGAACAUCAGAGAGUUCAUCCUGGUAUCAAACCAUAUGAAUGUAGAGAAUGUGGGCAGGCCUUUAUUCUUGGCUCACAACUCAUUGAACAUUACAGAAUUCAUACAGGUUAG